UAUACGACUCCUCCGCCAUUGAAUUCCAUUUUCAUCAUAGUUUUCAAGGAAGGAGAUAAAUAGAGACACAAGAAACACGUCAUCUCUGCCAUUAAAACACAUCCCAUUUUCAAUAAAAGUACUAAAAAUUUUCCCUUGAUUCGAGGGUGGUGUGCUUCAAUUUCAAGCAAUUUAAUCUGGGUCUUCAUUUGUUCUUCAAUCUUCCUUCCUUGUUAUAUGAUCUGUUUGGGAUUAAAAGACGCUUUCGUCGUUGUUCAUCCUAAUCGGUUGCACUUGAGGCCGAAAUCAAAACCCAUUUCUCAUUCCCUCAUCAGAAAUCCAUCACCAUCGCGUGUUUUGGGCGCUAGUAUUUAUCAUAGAAAAACUGUGAUCGUUAAUAAAAUCAAUCCAAUUCCAAUUCUAAUUCCUAUGGCCAAGGCCGAUGCCGCCGGAGAAAUCAUGUUAACUUCAGGAGCCAGUGGGCGUGUAACAGCGCUCCUCUCGAUGCAAGUUUUGAAGAGCCUAUUGAUGCUCGUAAACGCGUUUCUUUUGUUGCUAUUUUUCCCAUUUCGGGGCCGGAAGCGGUGUCAUUCAGGGCCAUUGGCGAUGGUCGACAAGGGUGGGAAGGAGGAGAAACAGGAGGUCGGUAAUAGUAGUAAUAACAACAACAGGAAAGGAGGAUUGCCUGUUAUGAGAGUCCCAUCUACAAUCGUGCCAUGGAAGAGUAGCGUAUCGGCGGCUGCGAUGGUAGACCAGGAGGUGGCGUUGCGUCGGGCACUUGCCAUCAGGAAAGUGACGGACGGCGGUGACGUUUCUCGGCGGGAUUUUUCUCUUUUUGUGACUCCCAGAGGCGAGACUAUGUUCACCCAAUCGUGGACCCCUAUUUCGGUCAAGACCAGGGCAUUGGUUGUUCUUUUGCAUGGACUCAAUGAACACUCUGGAAGGUACGAUGAAUUUGCGAAGCAGCUGAAUGCACAAGGAUAUAAAGUUUAUGGAAUGGAUUGGGUUGGACAUGGUGGGAGUGAUGGGCUUCACGCAUACGUGCACUCUCUUGAUGAUGCAGUUACUGAUGUGAAAGCAUUUAUACGGCACGUGAUGGCUGAAAACACAGGGCUUCAAUGUUUUUGCUUUGGACACUCAACUGGUGGAGCCAUCAUUCUCAAGGCUGUACUUGACCCCAAGAUUGAGAACUUGAUAUCUGGUGUUGUGCUGACAUCUCCUGCUGUCGGAGUUCAGCCUUCGCAUCCCAUCUUUUUGAUACUUGCACCAGUUUUCUCCUUCUUGUUACCGAAAUUCCAAUUGAGCGCUGCAAACAAGAAGGGCACGGCAGUUUCUCGUGAUCCUGCGGCACUGGUGGCCAAAUAUUCUGACCCAUUAGUUUAUACCGGAUCGAUAAGAGUUAGAACUGGUCACGAGAUCCUGCGUAUCACGUCGUACUUGCAACGCAAUAUGCAGAAACUGAAAGUGCCGUUCUUGGUCCUUCAUGGGACCGCUGACACCGUGACCGACCCGGAUGCUUCUUUGAAGCUAUACAAUGAGGCGUCGUCGGAGGACAAAUCGAUCAAGCUUCUUCCAGGAUAUCUACAUGACCUACUGUUUGAACCAGAACGGGAAGAUAUCAAAAGGGAUAUCAUCCAAUGGUUGAAUAGCAGGGUGUGAAGCGGAGGAUGUCUAGGGUGGUGGUGGUGGUGGUGGCGGCAGCCAUAGAACUGUGUAUUGGAAAUAAAAUAUGGCUGAGAGACGUUUGGGUUGUAAUUUGAUCAUGUGUUAGGAUGCCUGCAAUCAGUUGACGAUUUCAUGUGUUAAUUGGCAGAAAGUGCUUCCAAGAUACUUACUUAUUGACUGCUACUUCAUUGAUAGUAGUCUAGUGGAUAUUUUUGUACAUUUUUACUAGGCUUGUUUGGUUCUUAC